GAAUUAUGUUAGAACUACAAAAAUAUCGUUAUUGUUUCAUGGCUGGAUGUUUUGCUGCCGGCGGUAGUUUCUUUGGUAAAAUGCCGAGUUUUUUGGACAACAUGGAUUUCGAGAUUAUCCACUGGCACAAGGCAUUCACAAUCAUUAAAUAUUUUCCAAUAGUAUUAAUGAUAAUAUGCAAUGUUCUCAAUUGGCGUUACUUUCUAAAGGCUCUUCAGUUAACGGAACAAACACUAACCGCCACAGUAUUAACAUCUGCCUCCAAUUAUGUUGUCUCGUUUCUUUUAGCCUCGCUCAUAUACAAGGAACCUAUAACAUGGCUCUCAACAGUGGGUACAAGCCUCAUAGUAUUGGGUUUGUGGUUCUUGUGUGACGAUACGAAUAAAACCGUCAAGAGCAGCAAAGACAAAUGA